UAAAGAGUCAAUGAGACAUGGCACGACUUGGGAUUCAGGGAUGACGCAGCUGCUCUAUCCUGGAGCCGAAGAACCGGAGCGCACAAGAGCCGGUGCGCACAGACGAUGAGCGGAAGCCGGUGCGCACCUCCCUGAUAAUGUGGCUGAGCAGCGUCGCUGUCUUCACCUCACUGACAAUCCAACCGACCAAGAGGCGAGACAGGCGGCACCGACUUCCCCGCAGCCCUCUGGGGAUUUCCUUUUUUUAAAUCAAGAUUACAAAUCAGUACAACUUUGUUUCCCCUGUGAAAGGAGCUAAUCCCGAUACCGAGUUUCCACCUGCUGAAAUCGGGAUGCUGGUUCUAGUCGUUGGACUGUUGUACCUGCUCAGCGGACGCACGGUGCGGAGCCAGGAUGCUACAGGUAGCCGCUUCGUGUGUAACGCCAUUCCCCCGGGCGCAGAGCCGGGCUGCGGGUACGGUCCCACGGGGAACCGUGUCCAGAGCAGCAGCACCCUGGAGGACGAGCUGCGGAACACGAUCAUCCAGCUCCGGGAGACCAUCCUGCAGCAGAAGGAGACCAUCGUGAGCCACCAGGGCACCAUCAAGGAGCUCAACUCCAAGCUGGUGCGCUGCGAGGCGGCAGCCGAGUCGCCGCCGGGCAAGUCCCGAGGUCAGGGCUCCAGGCGGAAGGAAUACGUCAAGAACACCAUGGGGGACCUGCCCCGGGACCCCGGCGAUACCAUAGACCAGCUGGGCAAGACCAUGCAGACUCUCAAAGGUCGGCUGGAGAAUUUGGAGCAGCAGAGUUUGCGUCUCCCCAGCACAAACGUGUCAGCUGGAGGCGUCUCUGCUCUGACUCCGCUGCCACCAGAGCUGAGGGAGCUGCUGCGGCAGCGUCUCGGGCUGCUGGAGAGCCAGCUUCUCCGGAAGGUGGACGAUCUGGAGCAGGAGAAGAGCCAGCUCUACAAUGAAACUGCGGCCCACCGCCAACGCACCGAGAGCGCUCUCAAUUCGCUCCUAGAGAGGAUCACGGAGCUUGAGAAAAGUAAUAAUGCCUUCAAAUCACCCGAGGAUUUCAAAGUGUCCCUCUCACUUCGCACUAACUACUUGUAUGGACGCAUCAAGAAGAGCCUCCCAGAGAUGUAUGCCUUCACCGUGUGUAUGUGGCUCAAGUCUAGCGCCAUUCCCGGCAUAGGAACCCCGUUCUCUUAUGGCGUGCCGGGCCAGGCCAACGAGAUAGUCCUCAUCGAAUGGGGAAACAACCCCAUCGAGCUACUGGUUAAUGAUAAGGUGGCCCAGCUCCCUCUGUCAGUGAGUGACGGACGCUGGCACCACAUCUGCAUCACCUGGACGACCAGAGAUGGUUUCUGGGAGGCUUACCAGGAUGGCGAACGUCUGGGCACCGGGGACAACCUGGCCCCCUGGCACCCAAUUAAACCUGGAGGGGUAAUCAUCCUGGGCCAGGAGCAGGACAUAGUCGGAGGCCGUUUUGACGCCACGCAGGCCUUUGUGGGCGAGCUGAGCCAGUUCAACAUGUGGGACCGAGUCCUGCGGCCCGUGGACAUCAUGGGUCUGGCCAACUGCUCAGCCUACAUGCCGGGCAACGUGGUUCCUUGGAUUGACGCUAAUGUGGAAGUGUUUGGUGGUGCGAGUAAAGCUGCUCUGGAGAUCUGUGAAGAUCGGGCUUUUGAUUCCUAAAGGAUCUGAUCCAAGGGGAUUCAGCAUCGCCGCAGGGAUGGAGAGGCCGAGUAAUCUGACUGUUUGUUGCUUCGGUCAAAUCCCAAAGCAAAGAGAACCAGUGCAACAUUUUUACAGAUUUAUAUGGUAUGACUGUGCAUCUGUUGAUGUGCCCAUUGAAUUUGAACCCUGAAGACAUUACAGGUGACUUCAAAUGAGUGUGCUCAUCUGAAGAAGAUAUGCUGUUGCAUCAGUUUACUGUAAUGAUAUGACUUACUGUCAUUCUGAGCUUUCCUCCAGUAGAUCAGCUUUCAUUUGACUCCUCUUUGAAAACAGCUCUUUUUGGUUGCAUUCCUUCUUCUGACAAUGUAUUCGUAGUGAAUGUGAGCUCAAGCAGGCUUUGAUGUUUCCUGAGUUACGCAGUUGAUUACCACACACUGUGAGCUCCCUCCCUGUUUGAAGACCAGCAAACACAGGAACAUAAGGUGAAUGUUCAUGACUUCAAAGUGGACAAAGAACAACCUUUGAAAAGUGACAAAAUGUCUAAAUAGUAUGCAUGAGCCCAAGCAGUGAAUGGACGUCAGUCCAGAAGUGACAGUGCAUGCUUUCUGUCAAUAUACAGAGUGUGUGGUGCGUCCAAAACAAGCCAAUGCAGCGUGCUGACAGCAUUACGCAAGAGUGUGUGUGUGUGUGUGUGUGUGUGUGUGUGUGUUCAUGGGCGUAUGGCUUGUCUUGCGUGUAAAAAGACCAGAGAUUAUGAGGGAGGGAGGACAUUUUUCAUUCUUGUAAAUCUAUGCUUAAUACCUCUCUGCCCCUUGAGCAGCUGCCAUAUCCCCAACAGCUUUAUGGGUGGGCUGGCUCUGCUCAGGUUAACGAUGUCGGACGGCUGCCCAGGACUGGCCUAUCGACAGAGUUGCAGAGCCCUGCCGACUGCCCAGUGAGGGCAGGGCCUGGGCUUGACCCUCAAGGGCAAUCCUUAAUUCCUCAUCUGUGUAGUAAUUGUGUCCAUGAAUGAGUAUGGUGGUGAGCAUUAUGGAGCUAAGCACGCCAUAAAGAUAGGCGGAUCAAAUCUAGAGAUGCAGAUGUCAGCACUUUACGGACAUUAUGAAUGUCUUAAUCGGCUGUCACUGAACAAGAAGGUUCAUUUUGUUCCAUGGAUAGUAUUUAUUUUUAAAAGAAUGUAGAAAAUCAAUGAUUUUGGAACAGCUUAGUGAAUAAAAUGUGUGCUUUUUGCAGCUUGAUUUUUGUUCUUAAUGUUGUGGUGAACAUUGGUUUAAAUGCUGUUCCUCAGUACAAUAGUUUCAAGCCUGGUGCUGGAGCCCCCCCAUAAAAGAGGCAACAAAGACCUCUACAUCGCUAUCAGCUAAAGACUUUCUUUCUUUCUUCCUCGUGGAAUUCCUUCACUAGGCAGACACUAGCACACACGCCAUUAAACAGCUUCUAUCCACCUUAGAAAGAAAUGCAGUGAAAUAAAAAGAAAUAAAAAGAUGGAGUCGGUUACUGCACAGCAGAAUGUUGUAAAAGGGAGGGUGCACUUCUCGGAUGUGAAUGUUCCUCUUUUGAGUGUCUUUGUUUGCAAUGUCGUAACGUCAAGAGACGUCUGUCUCGUUUUUUUUGUUCUUUCUGCUCAUGAUUUUUGUCCAUUAGCAGCACAAUAUGUCAGAAAAACUACCCAGAAAAUGCAGAAGUACUUAUAGAAAUGCGUUGUUUAUAUGGUGAAUGGCCUUUUUGUAAAAACCAGAUGUGCUUUUGCUUGUUCAAACUUUCUUUUCAGCUCAGUAGCAGUUCAGAAGAGGGACACAAGAAAAAGACACAUGUGUUUCUAUCGUUGUUUUAAAGUCACCUUCAUGUGCAGUAUCCAUUCAAGUGUUGCAC